AUGCUACUUCGUCUACUUCUAAUCAUAGUCAUGGUGCAAACGCAAGGUCAACCAUGUACGCUUCAAUUUUUACCUGCACUGCAAAUAAUAACAAUGUCUGAAAAUUUGAAAGUAGGAGAUCGUGUAACCGAUCUUCAAAUCACUGGUUCACCAUCGGAAAUCUCUACUCGACUUCUUUAUAAUAGUUCUGAUGUAAAAACAAAUGGAACUGAUUAUUUCACAUUAAAUUUUACAAGUCUCUAUUUACGUUAUUCUCUUGAUUAUGAAUGGUGGACAUCAGAUAAUCGUCCGAAUCCAUUUCGUUUUAUUGUUGAAUGUACAAUUUUAGCUAAUAGAUCAGCGACUAAUAUUGACUUCCAACUUGAUCUUAUUGAUGUUAAUGAUAAUCCACCAAGAUUUAAUCAAUCUUUCUAUGAAAUAAAGAUCAAUGAAACAGCAUCCAUUGGUACAAUUAUACCAACAUCUAUUGCUGCGUAUGAUCUGGAUUCUAGUAUAUAUGCAACGUUUUCAUAUUAUUUAUUAAAUAAUUCAUCACCAUAUAAUUCUUAUUUUCAAUUAUUAAGUUUAACUAAUGCAAGUUUGGUUUUAAUGAAAGCAUUAGAUUAUAAUUCAAUUGCACCAAAAUUCAAUUUAACAAUCGUUGCACAAGAUAAUUUAAAUUCAAAUCUUUCGUCUAAAGCAAUUGUUUCUAUAAAUAUUAUUGAUGUUGAUAAUUCAAAUCCAAAAUUCCAGUAUAAUUCCUACAAUCUUAAUAUUUCAAUAAAUGCGUCGGCGCCUAGUGAAGUAACACCUAAUGAAGAUAGAAUAUUUGCUUUUGAUCAAGAUUUAGGUAUCAAUACAAUCAUAGUUUAUUCAAUAUUAACAUCAAAUAUUUACUUAUCAAUUAAUAAUCUUACAGGCGUUUUGACGCUUCAAUCAGAUUUUAAUUCAACAAUGCAAUUUGAUCUUUUAAUACAAGCUGAACAAGCUGAUAAUGUUAAUCGAUCAGCCACAGCUGUUUUGCAUGUUAAUGUAUACGAAUUAAAUAUGUAUCCACCAAAUUUUCUUAAUUUACCAUAUUUGAUGAUUGGUUAUAAGACUAAUAAUCUAGGUCAAAUACCAAUAUUUAAUGGCACCAUCAGCGAUAAUGAUACAGUGCCAAGACCAAAUUAUGGUUCUAUAUGCGAUACGCCAUCACUUAGUUUAAAUAUUAAAAAGACGAGUAUUCGUGAUUUUCAAAUUCAACCAGUUUACUCUCAAACUCUUCCAACAUGUCGUCCUUGUUUAUGCACUCUGGAUGUAUCCGAUGGAUUAUAUUCGAGUCAAACAAAUCUUACUGUCCUUCUAUAUAAUCCAGUUUCAUUUUCAACAAACUCUUACGUGUUUUCAUCAGAUUAUCCACUUGAUAAUCCUUCGAUUGUCAUUGGCAGUGUUCAGGUUACCUUUGAUGAUCUUUGUUCUGUGCAAUAUGCUGUCGCUAAUCAAUCAAAUACUUUUUUUACCAUUUCUCAAUUAGGUAUUAUAAAAUGGUCUAAUUCAUUAAAUCCUCCGACACAAGCAGUAUAUAGAUUUCAAGUGACUGUUCAACAAAAUUGUUCAUCAUUAUUCAUGAAUGCAUCUGCAGAUAUUAUCAUUACUAUUAAUAAUUUUCCUUCGUCUACCUUACCAACAGCAAGUUCAUCUCAAAUUGAUAAUAGCACAAUAUAUGCUAUUAUAGCAGGUGUUGCUGCAUUUAUUCUUAUAGUCAUUGCUAUUCUAUUUGUCAUUAUUUAUUAUCGUAUUCAACGUGCGAAACAUCGUGUUCCACCAUUUUUCAAAAUUCGAACACAUUCUCCUGCUCAAGGUUUAUCAUUUUUUAAAUCAAAAAGUCCCCUCAGUGAUUCGUCACCGUAUACACUUGGUGUGCGUGAUGAUGAUUCAUCUAAUAGUAGUAGUGAUCAAACAUCAUCAUCACCAAUAAACAAUCGUCUUUUAUCUGGACAUUACAAAGUUAGUGAUUUACCAGUGAAUACAACUAUAGAAGAAUUAGUAUCAUCUUAUGAUAAUCGUUCCACAAGUAGUUCAUCUAGUUCAUCUGGCAUAGGUGAUCAUGUUAUACCAGCAAAUAUAGGUUCAUUUCGUACCACAAUACGUGAAACCAAUGAUCAUUUACAAUUAGAUACAAUUAAUGAAGAUCUACAAUGGGUUAAUAGUAGUCAACAACAACAAAGACGUCUUAAUAGUUCAAGACAUCAAAUUAUGCCCGAAGAUAACAUGGAUAUUAUAUCAGAAUCUCAUGAGGUAGACUUUAGAUUAAGACAAAAUACUAAUGCUUGUUUAACUUGCUUAAAUUCUAAUUCAAUUAAUCAUGUGUGUUCUUCUUCUUGUUCAUUGUUAUCCAACACAUCAAUUCACUUACUAUUAUCUGCCUCUUCCUCCUCAUCAUCAGGUUCGACAACCACUGUUGGUGCUUGUCAACAACAAACAACUGCAACAACAACAGUUGAAUCAUCGCUCAGCGGCGUUGCUACCGAUAAUGGAGCACCAGCACCAACAUUACUACAUCAACAAUUCAACACGAGAAAUGUUCUCAGUCGAAAUUUAAACGAAUAUUUGACAGUAUUUGUAUAA